AUGUUGUGCGGACGUCACUUCACGUUGUUGACGGAUCACAAACCAUUGCUUUCAGUCUUCGGUUCGAAAAAAGGCAUUCGUGUCCACUCAGCCAGCCGACUUCAGCGAUGGGCGACCAUCCUUCUUGGCUACGAUUUCGACAUUCGCUACUGUCGUACUACAGACCUUGGUCAGGCUGACGCCCUUACUCGCCUCAUCAGCAAUCAGCAAGAACCUGAGGAAGACACCGUGAUUGCGGCCAUUUCGAUUGAAGACGAUUUGCGCCGUCAGCUAUCAGACGCUAUACGAGGUAUCCCUGUCACUUCCGCGGACAUCCGACGUGCUACUGAACAGGAUCCUGUCCUCCAUCGGUCAAUCACCUACGUGCAGACCUGCUGGCCAGCCACUGCUCUCGCUGGCGAUCUUCGCCAGCUCCUUCUUCGCCAAGAAUCGCUAUUUGUGGUUGACUCCAGCGUCAUGUUUGCGGACCGAUUGCUGAUCCCAUCUUCCCUCCGACCCUCUGUACUACGCCAGUUCCAUGCGGCUCAUCCUGGUGCCAGCCGAAUGAAGUCUAUUGCUCGCAGUUUUGCUUACUGGCCGGGUAUCGACGGCGAUGUCGACGACCUGGUUCGACGCUGUUAUCAAUGUUAG